UGGGCGAGUUCUGGUUUUCCCCCCUGUAAAAAAAUUCGUUUAGAUUCUGUCCCUGUAAUAUGAAGAUUCUUUCGAAAACACCCCUGAUCCCAUAUGACACACUCCACCUGCUGACGUGGCAUGAUGUGGCGCGCCAGCUGUGAAAUUAUUUUAUUUUUUAUUUUUUUUUCACUGACAUGUGGGCAAUUAUUUAACACAUCACUAUUUCCCCUUUUUUAAUUAAAAUCAUUUUAAUAAUUUAUAAAAAAAAAACAUUAAAACUUAAAUUCUUUUCUCCAUAUACAAACACAGAUCCCGUUCUUCAUCUUCUUCAUUUCAUUGCAAUUCCACUUCUCCAUUUUCGUAAUCCUCUUGUUCUUCUGCAGGGUUUGACAUGGGUGGAAGCAAAGCAUCAUCAAUUGGGAACUCAAAUGGAAGAAGUCCACCCAAAUGUGAAUGCAAUAGACUUAUGCAAUUGUGGGUAUCAAAUACAGAUGAAAAUCCAAAGAGGAAAUUUUGGAGAUGCUGUAAUUAUUGGGAGAAUGAAGACCAUUGUAAUUUGUUCAUAUGGGACGAUGAGUUAGAAACACCAAGAGUGAAAUCCUUGUUGAAAAGAUUGGCGGUAAAUAACAGAGAAAAUGAACUUGGUUCUACAUUGCAAAAUUCAAACGGUUCAGCUGGCUAUGAUGUUGGAAGCAGCACAAUGGUGAAUCAGACUUGUAAGAAUUUUGAAGAUGGUUGCAAGAACUGUGCAAUGAUUUCUGAAUAUCUAAGGGUUUUUGGGAAGGAAAUUGGAGAGGAAGUUGGAAAAGAACUUGGAAAGGAAUUAGGCAAGGUAUAUGGGACUGAGAGGGCCUCAACCAAGCACCUAAAAACAAAGAAGAAGCUGCAAUAUGAAAGAAGCAAAAGCUUUGGCCUACUUGUUUUAUUAGUGUUGUCAUGGAUUUUCUUCUUGGUUGUUUUGAAGUUUAUGUAUCCUGUUGAAAUGUAAUGUGUUCAAAGAUGACCUUUUGCAGCAUCUAUAACUAGUAUGAUGUAAUGUUUGGUAUUAAUGAAUGAAAUAUUUUGGUUAUGUUA